AUGGCGUUUGAAAAAGGAAUAUUACCUCCAGGAUACAGGUUUCUCCCAAGCGACAAGAUAUUGAUUCAAGAUUAUCUAGUUCCAAAAGCGCGAAAAACUCUGAAUGAUGUCAGCUGGUUCAUAUUCGAGAAAGAGAUCUACAACUAUUCCAAUCCCUUCCUCCUUUUUCAAGAGAUUCAAAGAAACCAAGCCUACUUUUUCACUCCUAUAAGGAAAGUCAGUUCAAGCGGUAAGAAUGUGAAACGAUGUACAGGAGAAGGAAAGUGGAGGGGAGAAAAACCAACCCCCCUAUCCGACGAUGAUAAUAAAGUGAUUGGAACCAAAAGAAUGUUCGUAUUUGAGUGGAAUGUUCCAAAGGAAAAGGUGAGGGAAGUGGAACGGGAGAAGGGUCACUGGAUCAUGCAUGAGUAUUCAUUGCUCCCAGAUUAUUACAUAAACAACAAUAUCAAGACGGAUCCGGAGUAUGUUUUAUGUGAGAUUAGAUGCAAAAUCCCGAUAAUAAACGUUGAUGCAGUACGAGAAGACCAACGACAAUCUCAACCCGUAGCAAAGAGACAACGAACAUCUAUGUCAUCGCCCUCUAUGGAUACAGUGCAUGCUGUAGAGCCACCAAUUAACAAUGGAUCUUCAACGUCAUGGGUUCCAUCACCACUUCCAGUUCUUAAUAACGUAGAAUCAUCCUCAGAUUGGGUUCCAUCAUCGUCAUCGCCACCACAAGCAACCAAGACAAUGGAUCCAUAUGUGCCACUGCCUGAGUGUGAAUUUCCUAGUGACCUCUUUUUAAACGGAGAAUCAUCAGCAACAUCAACACCACUUUUCAGUAACGCAGAAUUAUCAGAAUGGGUUCCAUCACAACCACCGGCAACGAAUCCUUAUGUGCCCGUCCCUGUACCAGCACCAACAACAAUGCUUUCUGAGUUUCAACCUCUCACUGGUGAUGAAUGGGUCGAUUUCUUUACGUUUGAUGAUAAUGAAUUGGUAACAGCUGUUGAAGAUAAUCUAAUUAAUACUACUACUACUCCAAAUAACAACUUUUCCCAAUCAGUCGAAGAACUAGAUGCUGCUAUUAAAGAAGAUUGGGUUCAAGAUGCCGUGUUACCAACUAAUCACCAGUUACUCCUACAAGAUGAAGACGAAGACGACUUUGCAAAAUUACUCGAAGGAAUAUUAGAAGCGAGACUAGUUGCUACUACUAAAGAUAGUGUUGCAGUAUCACUAGAGGCAGAUUUAAAAGGAAGUAAUAAUAAUUAUGUCCAACAAGAAGAAAACAACUAUUCGGAGAUUUUGAUGAACGACUCGAGAAAGGUAUUAAAAGUAAGUGAUGCUGAAGCAAUGCUGAUUUCGAAGCUUGGAUGGGAUCCUGUUGCUUAUAAAGCCAAUGUUGAAGCCAUGUUGACUACAUAUUACUAA